GCUGGAGUACAUAUAUAAUACCUUUUAAGUAAAAUAAUAUGAUAUUUCUCUCUGUUUUUGGAAAAUUAUUUUUCUACUUAAUAUUUUUCUUAGAGAAAGAUGAAAAGGUUAGGCAACAAAAAGUCACACCUGCAACAUUAAGAUGGUCUAGAUCAAUUACGUACGCACACACAUUUAGAUAUGCUACAUAUACAUAUACGUAUAUAUAUAUAUAUAUACAUUGUACCCCUCUCUGAAUGUUGUUUCUGAAGGUUUAUAAAGCUACUUAAGAUUCUAAUCCUAUGAUUACUGUGAGAACUAAAAAAGAAUAAUCAGUGAAUUUUAGAGAAAGAGAGAAGAGAAAGAGAGAGAGAGAGAGAGAUUACCUUCUUCAUAGGAAAAGCCUUUCUUUCCUCUUCUGCAUUCCUCAAAUUUACCUUCCCAAGAAAACCCAACACAGAAGAAAAUCAAAAAGUUUAGUGUAUUGUGGCGAAGAUGAAAGUCGAAGCUCCGAGAAAGAAGUCGGGUCGGGUCAUCUUCCAAGUUCUUCUUCUGCAUUUCCUUCUUCAAAGUGUUCAUUCUCAGAAAUCACAAAAUAAACUUAACAUCACAAAGCCUGGACAAAACAUACCAACCCCAACAGUUCAGCUAAGGAGAGUUAGUCAUGAUAAGGUGGUAGUUGAUAAUGGUAUUAUUCAAGUAACUUUCUCGAGCCCACAAGGCUUGAUAACUGGAAUCAAAUACAAUGGCAUCGAUAACGUGUUGGACGACGAUAUUGACGAUCGUGGGUAUUGGGACGUAGUCUGGCAUGAACCGGGAAAGAAAGACCAAACUGAUAAAUUAGAAGGAACUAAAUUCGAAAUAAUUACUCAGAACGAAGAACAAGUCGAAAUUUCAUUUACCAGGACGUGGACGAUCUCGAAACGUGGCUCAUUGGUCCCCCUAAACGUAGAUAAAAGGUACAUUAUUCGAAGUGGUGUCUCCGGGAUAUACAUGUACGGUGUAUUGGAAAGGUUAGAAGGUUGGCCCGACGUAGACAUGGACCAAAUUAGGAUCGUCUUCAAGCUCAACCCCCAAAAAUUUGAUUUUAUGGCGAUAUCGGAUGAUCGACAAAGAAGCAUGCCAUCAAUGGCAGAUCGGGACAAUGCUAAGCCAUUAGCUUACAAAGAAGCUGUUCUUUUGACAAAUCCAAGUAACCCUAUGUUCAAAGGAGAGGUAGACGAUAAGUAUAUGUACUCGAUGGAAGACAAAGACAACAACGUUCAUGGUUGGAUCUCGUCGGACCCACCGGUUGGGUUUUGGAUGAUAACUCCAAGCGAUGAGUUCCGUCUUGGUGGGCCCAUCAAGCAAGACCUCACCUCUCACGCGGGACCCAUCACUCUCUCCAUGUUUACGAGCACUCAUUACGCGGGAAAAGAGAUGAGAAUGGAUUAUAGAAACGGAGAGCCAUGGAAGAAAGUUUUUGGACCUGUCUUGGCUUAUCUCAACUCUGUCUCUCCCAAAGAUUCCACUCUACGUCUAUGGAGAGAUGCUAAACGACAGAUGGCUGCAGAGGUCAAAAGCUGGCCUUAUGAUUUUGUAAAUUCAGAAGAUUAUCCUCUUUCUCAUCAAAGAGGAACACUCCAAGGUCAAUUCUAUGUUAAAGACAGUUACGUGUCAAGCUUAAGGAUUUAUGGAAAAUAUGCUUUUGUUGGUUUGGCACCAGUUGGUGAAGCAGGUUCAUGGCAAACCGAAUCCAAGAAAAGGGAGAUUCAUAAUAGAGAAUGUAGCCAGAUCGAUGUAGGGCCUAUAGUGUAUGAGCCGCCGAGAAACGGUCCAACGUUGUGGGAAAUCGGUGUACCGGACCGAACCGCCGGUGAAUUCUAUAUACCGGAUCCUUACCCUACACUUAUGAACAAACUCUAUGUUAACCCACUUCAAGACAGAUUUAGGCAAUAUGGAUUAUGGGAUCGUUACGCAGAUUUAUACCCUCAAAACGAUCUUAUCUACACAGUCGGUGUAAGUGAUUAUAGAAGAGAUUGGUUCUUUGCACAUGUCGUUAGAGACGUUGGAAACGAUACAUUCAACCCAACGACAUGGCAAAUCAUAUUCAACUUAAAAAACGUGAACCGGGUCGGACCAUACACACUCCGGAUAGCUUUAGCCUCAGCCGCUGAUUCAGAGUUACAAGUUCGGAUCAACAACCCGAACUCCGAUCAUAUUUUCACGACCGGUUUAAUCGGAAAAGACAAUGCGAUUGCGAGACAUGGGAUCCACGGGCUGUAUAGAUUGUAUAGUAUCGAUGUUGGUGGAGAUUUACUAAGCGUUGGUGAUAAUACCAUAUAUUUAACUCAGUCGAGAAGUGUAGCACGAUUUCAAGGUGUUAUGUAUGAUUAUAUUCGUCUCGAAAGUCCUUCUAGAACUUGAAAAUUACUAAGUAUAAAGUGAUAAAUAAUUAAAAUUUGUUUGUUUUUUAAAAUUUUCUAGCUAGAGUUAAUUUUUUUUUUCAUUUCAAUGUGAAUGUAUUCAUGUAUAUAAAUAAUACAACAUUUUAGUUUUUUUGUUUUCUGUUUUAGUUAAUAGAAGAAUGAAAUCAAU